AAUUUUCAAACACCAAUCAAAAACCAGGACGAUCAAUCAGAAUCAUAAACAUCGCAAAACGCACGUGCACCGAUCCGUUAUGAGUUUGAAUGUCAUCAAAGUAUUCGCGAUGCACUGCGCCCAAUAAAGAAUACCAUAGUAAAGUCAACUAACGAUGUCCUCCCACAAGUGGGUCCACUGCAACAUCUGUUAUCAUUUACUAUCGAAGAAGACUCGCCGUUUUUUCCUGAUGAGCUGCCAACACACUCUCUGCAAGGACUGUAUGGCCCAAUCGAAUCGAGGGACGUGCUGUCCGGUUUGCAAAAGACAGGGACUGCAGUUUGUGGAAAUCUGUAACACGAUGGAUAAGAAAUUUAAAGCACUUUUCGAUCCGGAUGUUCCCAAAACCGUCGAACAGUCUUGCAAGAUAAUCAACUUUCAAACCAAACAAAAGCAACACCUCAUAGACUAUCUGGCUUACAUGGACGAAAAACUGCUGAAAGCAGAGCAGAUGGAGCAUCGCAUAAAGGAGAAGAUUUGCGAGCUGCAAAAAGUCUAUCACAAAACACGCAGCUACCGGCGAAAUCAGCAGCAAAUUUUGCGGCAACAGAUGAGCCUAGCCGAGGAAGAAGAAGCCGAUACGCCUACGCUGGGCCCGGAUCCAGCGGCAAGUGGUAGUAAUAACGUUCCAUCGUCCAAGCGGAACCAGGGAAGUUUCUUCGAUGAACACUCGCGGAAAUCCGGAAGUAAAGACAGUCGAUUGUCGGCCAGUAAUACACUAUCAGUGGAUUCGUUUAUGAAUUUGAAGGGGUCUACUUCUUCGGAUAGUUCCGUGCGUUCAGUGGACUUUGGCACCACUCCUUCCAGUGGCGAUCGAUCGACGGGUCGCAUCCACGAAACUUUUCAUAGGAUGAGAAUUGAUGAAAAAAGACCGGCAUAGGAAAUGGGAACUAUUGCUAAUUACGAGUUUAUUAAUUAGGUGUGUAAAUAUUCUCAACAAUGAAUAAAGUAGUAUUUCAUUCAAUAUUACUACACCCAGGUUUUUUU